AAGAAAAGCUGCCAAAGAGCCCCCUGCAACUGCACAGGUAGGUGAACUAAAUACCAAGGAACGACAAAGAUUACGCCAAAAUACUUUGAAGGCUCAGGUUAGCUCGCUGAAAUGACGUUUGAAGUAGAAAGGAAUCAGGUGCGUGCGGGCUAAUGCUAGCUGUUAGCCAACGUGCGCCGUUCCUAUGAAAUAGCCUCGAGCUCACGUCGUCCUGUCCGUUUGGCUGACGCUAUAGGACUCGAUGGCCGGGAGCUUCCAAGCCAGCAGGAGUUGCAGCGCGCGCUUCUCUCAGGUGCUGGCUGGGCAACUGAUGCGACCCCACGUGGCAACCGCUCCCGAGUCUGUGCUUCUAUUGGUGGCAUCCUCAUCUUCAGUCAGUCCGAAGAGUCAAACGUGCUUCUCGCCGGUGCCCGCGACUUCACCCCCCACCAGACGAGCGAGCGUGUGGACCCGGCUGGGCUGGCGGCGGGUCGGCUUCUGGACUUUCCGGAACAAGUACGGAUGGAGAGCCAGGUGCCGCGCCGCCCUCGCCAAACCAAGAGGGAGUGGAAGGCUGGCUGGACAUCGCUGCCAAAAAGUGGCUCGUGGAGCCCUGGAGUCCUCUGUUUGUUCGAGGGGGCAGAGCAUCAAAGUGCCCACUAAAAGAGAGCUGGACGCGCAGCUGGAUGGCUACAUGGCCAUGUCCAAGAAGCGACUGGAUGCCGACCUAGACGCGUAUAUGGCCAAGUCCAAGAAGCAACUGGACGCCGAUCUGGACGCCUACAUGGCGCUCGCCGGACAGUCACCAACAUGGUGGGAAUGAGCGCUGCGCGCUUUGCCACCUCCAAGCUUUUUUUUUUUUUUUUCAUUUUGCCUAGCGUUCGCAUAGACUUAUUUAGCUUGCGGGCCUGUUAGAUAGGUGAGAGGGACCAACGGGUGCACAAGUUUUACUUUGUGUUCUGGAAAGAAGGCUCGGAGGUUUUUCUUCAUACCCUCAGCUGAACGGUCGCCAACAUCAGCAAGAGCACCAAACUGGGUCCUGCCCCUGAAGCCUUAACAGGUCAAAGGUCACAUGUGUACACACUUCCUCGGCAGAGUUUGACAUUCGGACCUUUGCUCACCUUGUUUCUGGCCUUUGGAGAUGUUGCUGUAACUAGGCACAACAGCGCCAAACAGGCAUUUGUGGCUGUGUUGGUCCCUUACAUUCCAAUCAUGGCUUGAUUGUGAAAACAAGUAGAAAAUUGGUCUCCACACUUUGUGGCAGUCAGUGAUGACAACAAAUGAAUCUCGAUCUCAAAAUAACUUUGUGUAAAGCUUUUUAGUGGGUUUGUGUGUGUGACCUGUUCUUUGAUUUAAGAAUCGUUUGGUG